AUGGGCAAAUCAGUAUUCCUCACCGCAGUCACCGGUUACAUCGGUGGUACCGUCUUCCAGUCCAUCCUCGACUCCCCCAACCCCCCUUCCAAGGUCACCGCCCUCAUCCGAGACCCCGCCAAGGUCAAUACCUUGACCUCGCUCAACAUUGCCAAGCAAAAGGGCGUCACCGUCGUCCCCCUUAUCGGCUCUCUUGAAGAGCACGACAAGAUUCGGGAUGCCGCGGCCGAUGCCGACGUCGUCAUCCAGUCUGCCGACGCCGACGACCACGACGCUACCAAGGCUAUCUUGGAGGGUUUGAAGAUCCGAAGGGACAAGACUGGCCACAGGCCCCUCUUGAUCCACACUAGUGGCACUGGCGUCUUGUCUGACGACGCUCGAGGCGAGUACCCUACUGACAAGAUCUACACCGACCUCAACCCUUCUCCUGCUACUCGACUUGGUCCCGAGCUUCACUCUAUUGCCAAGAUCCCCGAGACCGCCAUUCACCGUAAUGUCGACCUUGAGAUUGUCAAGGCUGAUGCCGCUGGUAUCAUCAAGUCGUAUAUCGUGCUCCCAAGUACUGUCUGGGGUUACGGUACUGGAGAGGUAUUUGACAAGGGUAUCGCCCACCCCACAUCUAUCCAGCUUCCUCAGUUGAUUGAGAUUGCUAUCAAGCGUGGACGAGUCGGUGUUGUUGGCAAGGGUGCCAACAUCUGGAACCACGUCAACAUCCAGGACCUUGGCCGUCUAUACGGUCUCAUCUGGGAAAAGGCUACCGUUGAGAGGCCUACCAUCGGCCAUGGUACCUCUGGUUACUACUUUGGUGUCGCCGGCGACUACACUCUCUUUGGUGCCGCCUCUGCCAUCGGGCAAUCCCUUCGCAGCCACAAGGCUCUCCCUGAAAACGCCGAAACCACCCCUUCAUCAUUCACUGAAGAAGAGAUCCAGCAGUACUUUAAGGGAAGCUACUACUCUGGUACCAACUCUCGAGGCGCUGCCGACAGGAGUAAGAGCAUCGGGUGGACCCCCAAGUAUGUGGACCAGGCGCAGUUCUACCAGGACAUCGAUGAAGAGGUGCAGAGGUUGGGCAAGGUCGUCAAGGCCUCUGCUUAG